AUGGCGUCGAUACCUGCAGCGAGAAACGGCGGUGGUGAUGGCACCUUCCCUGUGCUUGGCCUGCUUCCCAAGCAGGAGACGGAGGCCUGGGAGUUUCUCAAAGCGAACCCGCAGCUCGACGGCAGGGGCGUGAAGGUGGCUAUCUUCGACACAGGCGUCGACCCGGCCGCCAGCGGGCUGCAGGUGUGCCCGGACGGUAGCCCGAAGGUGCUCGACAUCGUCGACUGCACGGGAUCCGGGGACGUGGACACCUCCACCGUGCUCAACGGGGUCUCCGUGACUACCACUCCCGACGGCGUCCGCGAGAUCAAGGGGCUCUCUGGCAGGACCCUCCGCCUCAACCCCAAGUGGACCAACCCCAGCGGGGAAUGGCGCGUGGGCAUCAAGCGCGCCUUCGAGCUGUUCCCGAAGCUGCUGGUGACGCGGGUCAAGGCCGAGCGCCGCAAGGAAUGGGACCAGAAGCACCUCGCAGCGGAAGCGGCUAUUGCCCGCGAGAUCUCGGCGUGGAAGGCGGCGCACCCCAACCCCAACCCCACGGACAAGAAGUUCCUGCUGGACCUGGAGGCGAGGGCGGCACACCUGGAGGAGUGCAAGGCCAACCUUGACGACCCUGGGCCGCUGCACGACUGCGUUGUGUGGAAAGGAGGAGGAGGCGUCGACGGGGGCGGGGAGGAUGAGAGGUGGUGGGCGGCGGUGGACAUCAAGGAGGACGGCGAUCUCACUCAGGCCGUCGCCAUGACGGACUUCGACAAGGUGCCGAUGUAUGCCGCCGCGAGACGAAGGCUGCGGCAGCACGGUCGUUUCAGCGACUUGGCCUGCCUCAACUUCGGCGUGCACGUGUACGACGAUGGUGGCGUUCUGUCCAUCGUCGUCGACGCCGGGGCGCACGGGACUCACGUAGCAGGUAUUGUGGCCGCCUACUACCCGGAGGACCCUGAAGCUAACGGAGUGGCGCCGGGGGCACAGAUCGUCUCCCUCAAGAUCGGGGAUUCUCGUCUGGGUUCGAUGGAGACCGGCGUCGGCGUCGUUCGCGCGGUGACCGAGGCCGUGAGGAUGGGGUGUGACGUCAUCAACAUGAGCUACGGGGAGGCGGCGGCCCUGUGCGACAGCGGGAGGGUCUCCGACGUGGUCCGUGACGCGUCCAUCAAGCACGGCAUCUUGUUCCUUGGGUCGGCCAUGAACGCCGGCCCGGCUCUUACCACCGUCCAAGCCCCGGGGGGAACAACCCGGGGCUUGAUGGGAGUGGGCGCUUACGCGAGCCCUAGCUUGAUGUCGGCCUCCUUCUCUAUGAGGGAAACCCUCGAGGGUGGAAACUUCACGUGGACCAGCGCAGGGCCCACCGCCGACGGCGACAUAGGCGUGAGCGUGAUGGCUCCCGGAGGCGCCAUCUCCCCCGUACCCAACUGGACUCUGCAGAAGAAGCAGCUCAUGAUGGGAACCAGCAUGGCCAGCCCCAACUGCGCCGGCGUGGUGUCGCUGUUGCUCUCGGGCAUGAAGCAGAAGUUUCCGGGCAAGAAAUUCAGCGUGCACAGGGUACGAAGAGCGCUGGAGAACACGGCGAAGCGCCUGCCGGGGUUGGAGACCCUCGUGCAGGGCCAGGGGCUGGUCCAGGUGUCGGCCGCGUUCGAGUACCUGUCCAAGCACGCCCUCGACGACAGCGAGGACGUGGAGUACAAGGUGACGGUGUCCGGUGGGAAGCGCGGCGUGUACCUAAGGCAGCUGGAUGAGGUGACAAGGAAGACCCAGUGGGCCGUGACGGUCAAGCCCGUGCUACACGAAGACGACCACAACGACAAGAGGACGGGUUUCGAGAUGAGGCUCCGGCUUUCUUGCAACGGAGAAUGGGUGGAGUGCUCGUCGGACCUGGAGCUGCUGCACAACGGCCGCGCCUUCGUGAUCGCCGUGGAUCCUACCAAGCUCGCCCCGGGCCUCCAUUUCACGUGCAUUGAAGGCUAUGAUGUGGCUUCCCCCGGGAAGGGCCCCAUGUUCCGUGUGCCGUUGACGGCUCUCAUCCCCACCAAGCCGGAGUACCUGACAGUCCCGAAGGGGGGGUUGACGGCGCAGCUCGUCGGCCCGGGGGACGACGGUGCUGCGUACGGACCGGGCAAGGUGGUCCGCAGGUUCAUCCACCCCCCCCACGGGGCCUCGUGGAUGGACAUCGAGGUGAAGGACUGCAGGGAAGCCGCCGAAGCACCGGACGGAACCAGGAGGAUGAUGGUCCUGCACUGCGUGCAGCUGCUGCCGCAUACAACGCACAGAGAUGCCGAGUGCCACAAGUACAUGAACAUGAACCCUGGGCAGAAAGAGGUGCACUCGAUGAGGCUGGAGCCCUGUGCGGGAGUGGAGGUAAGCCUCGCUCAAAACUGGAGUGCCAUCGGGCCGACUUCGGCCGAGGUCAGCGUCACCUUCCGAGGCGUUUCUCCUUCGCCGGAUGUCAUCCGGCUCCAUGGGGGCUCUUCCCAUGCACAGGUGGUCGUGUCGGCGCCGCUGUCGAUGCAGGAGCUCUUACCUUCGGCGUCCCUAAACAAGUGGUGCACGCUCGUAGCCCCCUCGAAGGGUACCAUCUCUGCCCUCGGGCCGCGUGACGUCACCCCAGACGGCAGGCAGUCGUACGGCCUGCUGCUGGAGUACUCGUUCAAGCAGGCGGACGCCGGGGAGGUGACCCCCCGGCUGGCGGCGCUGAACGGCUACCUCUACGACAGCGCCUACGAGGCGCAGAUGUGCAUGAUCUUCGACUCUAACAAGAAGCUGCUGGCGGUGAACGACUGCUGGCCGGAAGCCACCAAGCUGGCGAAGGGGGAAUACACCGUCAGGGUGCACGUCAGGCAUCCGGACCAAUCAGCACUGAAGAGGCUCAAGUCCCACCCCCUCAUGCUCAUCCGCAAGCUUUCCAGCAGCCUGGCUGUGCCCGUGCACGCGACCGUGAUCGGCGUCUCGACGGCAGCCAAGCCUCCUCCGGCUCUCUGUCUGGACAAGGGGCACUCGGCGGCGUACUUUUUCGCGGAGCCCAACCAGGAAAAGCUCCCCAAGGGGGUCAAACCCGGCGACCUGUUCACCGGCACGGCCUCCUACGUGCGCAACAAGACCAAUGAAGGGGGCGACGGCAAGAGGCCCGGAGGGUACCCCAUCUCUUACAUCGCGGGCCCCGCUGCCCCGAAGGCCACCGAGGCUUCCCAAGACACCGCAACCCCCGCCCCCUCGGUCAACGGGGGCGGCGGCAAGGAGGGGGAAGCAGCCGCUGCCGGAACCCCCGUUACGGAGACGGAGAAGAUGCUGAACGCCCUCCGAGACUUGCGUGUGAAGCACCUGGAGAACUGCAAGGCGAAGACGGCCGAAGACUUCCAGGAGUUGUACAACACCGCCAAGCAUCAGGCAACGGAUGGCGGCACCGAUCCGGACACGUUCCUGCCGCUGCUGCUGGCCAGGCUGCACUUCCUCGACAGGGAAGGCGUGAGGCGGGGGGUGAAGGCGGAGAAGUCGGCAGAAGGGGCGAGGUCGGAUACCAGCGACGCAGGAGGCAGCUCGGCGGCCGCGGGGGGCUCAACCGCGAGGGGGCAUGGUGAACCAGCAACAGCAGCAGCAGCAACAACAGCGGUGACAGAAACGGAAGCCGCCGCGGCACCAUCUGUGGGACCGGGAGGUGCUGGUGAAGGGGGAGGCAACGGCGGUGUUGCAGGGGGGGAUGAGAAGAAGAGCAAGGAUGCGGAACUGGCGGCUUUGCGGGCGGUGGUCACCGCGGCGGAUGACGUCCUCGCCACCAUUGAUCAGGCUGAGGUGGCCAAGCAGUUCGGCACAAACGUGGACACGGAAGACUCCGGCAUGGUCACCGCCCGGAAGGAGUUCGACGAGAAGAAGAAGGCGUUGGCGGAUGCCUUAGCGAGGAAGGCUCGAGCUCUUGCUGACGUGGAGGAUAUUCUCGGAGAAUCCGAGAUGACCAAGGCUAGCAGCCCCUUCCUCGCGGCUUACUCUGACCUUCUGAGGUGGGCGGAUGUUGGAGAAGACAAGCACGCCAAGGUGUCUCUUGCCUUCCUCCGCCGCAAGAGGCGUCUGGGCAUGAUGGUCAAGCUUCUCUCCAAGCUCAUCUCCUCCUCCAAGACGGUUUCCAAGGAAGAGGCGUCGACAGCACGGGCCAAGGUGUUCGAGGAGCUUGGAUGGGAUCACCUAGUGGAGGGAGACAAGAAGUGGGCGGUGCUAGGGCACCCGAAAUCCUUCGCUCUGUUUUAGGUUGUAGACGGUCGGCUUCUGGCGUCGCUCUGCCGUCUGCCGGUGGGGAAUGUUGGUGUCUGGUCGGUUUGGGCACAAAUAGUUACGGUUCAAGUCGCCGAUGACACAAACUCUUGGCUCCCAACGCUGCGACCUCGUGCGAGAAGGGGGGCAGGCAGGCAAGCAGGCACCAAGUGGAGAGAGAAAACAUGUCCCGGGAUUGUGAAAGUGUUUCAGGAGGCGAUGAUAUCGUCCAUGGGGGCUCAACUGUGAGCGGCGAAGACGGUUGAGCGUGACGAAAGCGAUGCGCCACUAGUAGUAGACUAUACCCUUUGAAGCGGGAAUCUUCACCAAAUGCUAGCCGACGAAGAAGCAGGUUUCCAACCCAACAGGUUUGCGAGAAUAGCCGGCAGACACAGUGUUUUAGGGUAUUUAUUGAUUUGGCGCCGGACAGGUGUGAGCAAGGAAUAUGUUUUAUUCUGAUGGUCUAGCCCACAGUUUCUGGGGAUUUUUUAGUCCACCUGACGCCGAAAGACGGAGAGGGGUAGGGGUAGGCAGUCAACGCGAGAGAGGGGGUAGGGNGUCCACCUGACGCCGAAAGACGGAGAGGGGUAGGGGUAGGCAGUCAACGUAGACUAUACCCUUUGAAGCGGGAAUAUUCACCACAUGCUAGCCGACGAAGAAGCAGGUUUCCAACCCAACAGGUGUGCGAGAAUAGCCGGCAGACACAGGGUUUUAGGGUAUUUAUUGAUUUGGCGCCGGACAGGUGUGAGCAAGGAAUAUGUUUUAUUCUGAUGGUCUAGCCCACAGCUUCUGGGGAUUUUUAGUCCACCUGACGCCGAAAGACGGAGAGGGGUAGGGGUAGGCAGUCAACGCGAGAGAGGGGGUAGGGGGAGGCAGAGAGAGAGAGAGAGAGAGAGAGAGAGAGAGAGAGAGAGAGAGAGAGAGAUCUUAGGUUACGUGGAUGUGAUCCUUACACUAGUUGUUUCCUCUUCUCGCAAGAUUUCCCGGGGUAUAGUGACGAGAGAAGAGCAAUGCCUAUUUGGUCAAUUCCGUCGCAUGCAAUAGCUAGUCGGUUGUGGUUUGGCCAACCCCAUAUUUCCUUCAAGAUAUGUUUGCCGUGAAUUCUAAAGCACAUCCUGUUGAAGAAGCGAAUUGGGUGCGGUGGGCAUUCAGUGAUACUCUCCAAGCGAGCUGGAGCACCGACUGCUUUCCCUACAUUGUGCAGGUGUCUGAGCCUGCCCAUCCACGUGGCCAAACCCUGAGAUCACCGCAAGCAAGAAUGAAUUGUCCAGCGAUCCCGAACCAACCAACCCGCUCGAUGUACUCUCGAAAUCGCUUGUUCAUGGCGUUGUGGCUACGGUCGUUUGCAGUGUGUACCCAGGAUGAAGUUCCUUCUGCCGCACUUUUGUCGA